AUGUGGCACAAUGUGGUCCACUUCAUCGCCUUGCUGUGCUUGGUGACAACAGCCAGCGCAAAGAUGGAAGCGCAAUUGGAACGAUUCGAGCAGGUUUCCGGAUUUCACCUGGUCAACGCCACCGGGAUCCGGGUGCGUAAAUUCAAUCGCACUUCGUGGAUUAUGACCGGCGAAGGAGACUUGUUCCGAGACUUUGGAAAUGAGUACUCAUUCACCAUGACGGCGGCUUACAGCCGGCUUGGCAACAAUCAGUUCAACGAGUAUCCGCUGAAGAUUCCCAAGAACCAGGUGUGUGAUGUGGUUAAUGGAGCGUACAAGGAGUAUCAGGACUAUUUCUUGAACUGGACCAACCUGCCACGGGUGGGCAAUGAACGGCUUUGUCCUUAUCCGAAGGGCCACUACUGGGUCAAGGAUUUUGCUCCCGACGGUGGCUGGAUACCGCCGGUAGUUCCGACCGGUUACUGGCGGUUGACGGCUGACUUGUUAGACUUGGAUGAUAAUGUUGCAAUAAGGUACUUUGCCUACUUGUACAUCAAGAACAGUUUCAUAUAUUAG